UUAUUAUUCCCAACGCUGAUCUUGCACCCCCAAACUCUCGCCCUUUUCCGAUGCCCAAUCGAUCAUCGCAAUUUCAUCUCCAUUAACGUUAAAAUUUCGAUGGAGUUUAGGGUUCAUGGUAAUGUUAAUGGUGGCAUGGUACUGAAUUCGGUUCAAGUGGAUGCUAGUAGUAGCAUGGAUAAUGAAAACGAAACAGGAGAAAAUCUUGUUGAAGGAGCUUUUCAACAUGGUCUGAAUGAAAAAUUGGAUCAAACUUCUCCUGAAAGGGAUGACAUCCCAGAGGGUGUUCCAGCUGAUGAGCCUUAUGUGGGUCAGGAGUUUGAAUCUGAGGCAGCUGCACAUGCUUUUUAUAAUGCAUAUGCCACAAGGGUGGGAUUCAUCAUUCGUGUAAGCAAACUUUCCCGUUCAAGGCGUGAUGGAUCUGCUAUAGGUAGGGCACUUGUUUGUAACAAAGAGGGUUUUAGAAUGGCUGACAAGCGAGAAAAAAUUGUGAGGCAAAGGGCAGAGACGAGGGUUGGAUGCAGGGCAAUGAUUUUGGUGAGGAAAGUAAGUUCUGGAAAAUGGGUUGUCACAAAAUUUGUGAAGGAGCACACUCAUCCUCUGACACCUGGGAAAGGUCGGAGGGAUUGCAUUUAUGAUCAAUACCCGAAUGAACAUAAUAAAAUCCGAGAGUUAACACAGCAGCUAGCCAUUGAGAAAAAGAGAGCUGCAACCUAUAAAAGACAUUUAGAAUUGAUCUUUGAGCAAAUUGAGGAGCACAAUGAGAGUCUGUCAAAGAAGAUCCAGCACAUAGUAGACGGUGUGCGGGAAAUGGAAAACAAAGAGUAGCAGAGCCGUGUAUAGUUCCCAGAUAGCUUUUCAUACAUUAUUGAAAUAUAGGAACAAAAAACCUGGUAUAGAGUUAUGAUGUUGAAUAUAGGCCAGUGUUUAUAUGGUUUGGUUUGCUUAGAAAAGUAACAUCCUGAUAUUGUUCUAGGUCUUUGUUAGAGAAUCUAGUUAGGUCUGUUGCCUAGGAAUCCUGGGGUUUAUACCAUUUCAUUGGAAUGCCUUGUAUAAGUUAUGCUUCCAUAUUUGAACCACAUGGCUAGUAGGAUAGACUAGGAUCUGUCAAUGUACAGUCUUUAUGGGGCCAGCCUUGUGCAGUUUGUGUGAAGGAUGUAAAGAUAAUUGGCAUUGGGAUGUCAGUUUUUUGUGCUU